AUGGUCGUUGAUUCCUAUGAUGUGGGUGAGCUGCUGGAGGCGGUGGACACGCCGGUCUUCGAGAAGUCUGCAGGACUUCUCCGAUUGCAGUUGAGAGCGCAAAAGGAGAGGGCGGAAUCUUUGAGAAUCGCAGCAGUGGCACCAUUUUGGGUGACCGUGCAGCCCAAAGUGACAGAGAACUGA